AAUGCUUUCAUCCAGUUGUCUCUCCCUAACAUCUUCUACUACAAAUGAAACAACAAAAAAACAACAAGAAUAUUCCUUUCCCCCACCUUUACACGUUCAUAGUCCUUCCCCUAUUUCGAGUAAUUUAUCACAGGAAAGACGUUCUCCUUCACUUUUUGAUUUACGUAGUGGAGGAGAAAACGAAGAAGGAGAAUUAUUACCCCCACAAUUAACAACAACACCAAAAUAUCCAUUAAUUUAUAAUAUGCCAGCAUUGUCUGUAUCGAGUAUUGUUUUAAAUCAACCACAAAAUAACAACAAACAAAAAAUCCAUUUAUACCAACAAAACAACAAACGUUUUAAACAAAAACAACAGCAGCAACAAUAUUUACAAGAACCUAAUUAUUUUGAAUAUCCAACAACUUUAAAUGAUUUUAAUAAAUCGAAUUAUAUUCAAAAUAUUCCGCAUCCUCAUCUACAUAAUCAUCAACAUUAUUAUCAACAUAAAUUAAGGUAA